AUGGAAAUUGAUUUUGCUUAUGAUAGUGGUAUAAAAUUGAAGGAUUCAUAUGAGUUCAUGGCCAGGCAAGUUGGUGGUAGAGAUGCUCUUGGUUACACCAAGCAAAAUCAAAAUAAUUACCAUUAUAGUAAACGGCAAAAAGAACAGAAAUGUGAUGCACAAAUGAUUGUUGAUUAUAAGUUAUUUGGUGAUGUGGUUUCUUUUGAUACAACGUACAGAACUAAUAAGGAGUAUCGACCCCUUGCAAUGUUUGUUGGGUUUAAUAAUCAUAGAGAGUCUACAAUAUUUGGGGCUGCCCUUUUAUAUGAUGAAACUAUUGAUACAUUUCAGUGGCUGUUUGAAGCAUUUUUUGAAGCAAUGUCUGGGAAGAAACCAAAUACAAUUUUUAUCAAUCAAGAUCCGACAAUGGCAAAAGCCAUCUCAUUGGUGAUGCCAAAUACUUAUCAUCGAUUAUGUAAAUGGCAUUUAAUGCAAAAUGCUCUCAAGGGUGUCAACCAUUUAUUACGAGGUGAGGAUGAAUUUAGAAGUGAUCUUGAUGCAUGUUUUAAAAUUUGGGAAGAGGAGGAAGAGUUUCUUAGUGCUUGGGAUGCUAUACUUCAUAAGUACAAUGCUUUUGAUAAUUCUUGGCUUCAAAGUACGUUUGAAGUGAAAGAGAAAUGGGCUAAAGCAUAUUUAGACUAUGAUAUUGUAAAAUUCUUCAUACAUUUUGAGAGACUACUUGAUGCUAAACGUUACAAGGAGUUGAAGGGUGAGUACAAUUUAAGGCAAAAGUUGCCAAAAGUUAAGAUUGCGUCACCUAUGUUGAUUCAAGCAGCACAUAUUUAUACACCUAAAUUAUUUUUGAAGUUUCAAGAGCAAUAUGAAGAGUUCCAAGGAGCUUUUGUGAAGAAGCAUAUUGAAAGAAAUGCAACUCAUGAGUAUAUAGUUUCAAUAUAUGGUAAGCCAAAAGAUCGUCGAGUAAUUUGGAAUCCUUUUGAAAAGAUUGUUUCAUGUGGUUGUAGAAAGUUUGAAAGAACUAGAAUUUUGUGUAGUCAUGCUUUAAAAAUUCUUGAUGUUAUGGAUAUUAAGGUUCUUCCAGAGAAAUACAUCCUUAAGAGAUGGACAAAAGAUGCAAAAAAUGAGAUUGUGCAAGACUUUAAUGGACAUGGUAUCAAAGCUGACACCAAGUUGGAAGUUACAACUCGAUAUAAGUUUUUGGGUCCAAUGUAUGUCAAGCUUAUUGCUCAAGGAAAGAGUAUUAGAAAUGAUCAAGAACAAAGUUCAUUUGGAACUUUUGAGAAUUCAGUAAAUUUUUAUGCAAGAAUGACAAAUCCUCAUGUUCCUCUUCCAUGUUCUAAGAAUCCUAGUGAUCUUGAAGGGGAUGAUAUCAGUUCAUUGCUUACAAAGUUUACAACUGCUGAAAUUGAAGCUUUUUCGACCUAUCUUCAAAUGGAUGCAACGAAUUCUUAG